AUGGCGGACCUCCCCCAGCAGGACGAGGGCUUCCGCUUCGCGACGCUGUGCACGACGACCAAUGAUCCGGCACACCGCGAUCAGUACGGCGCGUCUUCGACGCCUGUCUACCUCACGGCGACCUUCAAGGGGCUGCCGGGCGCCGAGUUUGACUACUCGCGCUCCGGCAAUCCGUCGCGCACGGUGCUGCAGAACCAUUUGUCGGCGCUCCAGGGGUGCAAGCACACCUAUGUGCUAGCCUCGGGCAUGGCAUGCUUGGACAUUAUCACGCGCAUGGUCAAGCCGCGCGAGCGCAUCGUCGCGGGCGAUGACUUGUACGGCGGCACAAACCGCCUGCUGGGCAUUUUGCGCACCACGUACGAGAUCCAGGUGGACCACGUCGACACGACCGACGCGAUCAUCUUUGAGCGGCACCUCGCGCAGUGCGCCGCCGACUAUGCCGAGGGGCGCGCAGGACCGGUGACCAUGGUCAUGCUCGAGUCGCCGACGAAUCCUUUGCUCAAGAUCUGCGACAUUCCGCGGUUCGUGCAGAUCGUCCGCAAGCACGUUCCGGAAGCGCUCGUGAUUGUGGACAACACAAUGCUCUCGCCCUACCUCAUGCGCCCGCUCGAUAUGGGCGUCGACAUCGUGUACGACUCGGCGACCAAGUACCUCUCGGGCCACCACGACAUCAUGGCCGGUGUCGUGGCGUGCAACCGCGAUGACCUCGCACAGCGCAUGUACUUUACGAUCAACUCGGUGGGCAACUCCCUCGCGCCGCUCGACUCAUUCCUGCUCCUGCGCGGCGUCAAGACGCUUGCACUGCGCAUGGACAAGAUGCAAGUGAACGCGAUGCAGAUCGCCCACUUUCUGCAGCGCCUCGGCUUCCACGUCAACUACCCGGGUCUGCGCACGCACCCGGGCUACGCAAUCCACCAGCGCAUGUCCAAGGGGCCGGGCUCGGUGAUGAGCUUCGAGACGGGCGACAAGGAGCUCUCGGCGCGCAUUACGGCCGCCGUCAAGUUAUGGGGGGUUAGCGUGAGCUUCGGAUGCGUCAACAGCUUGCUGAGCAUGCCGUGCCUCAUGUCGCACGCGAGCAUCGACCCCAAGGUGCGCGCGGAGCGCGGCAUGCCGGAAAACCUGAUCCGCGUGUGCGUCGGCAUCGAGGACGUGCGCGAUCUCCUCGACGACCUCACGCAGGCGCUCGUCAGCGCGGGCGCCAUCCGCCAGAUCGGUGUCGCGCCGGACGGCACGCCCGAGUACGAGCGCAUCCCGGUCCAGGACGAGAUGGAGGCGCUGCGUACGCAGCUGCGUUCCAACUCGCUCAAGAACGCGCCGAAGCCGGUCGUCCCAGACACGCUCGCGGUGAGCGCCCCGGGCAAGGUUAUUCUCUUUGGCGAGCACGCCGUAGUGCACGGCGUGACGGCCAUCGCGGCGUGCACGGCGCUGCGGUGCUACGGACGCGUGACGCCGCGCACUGACAAGAUGCUGCGCCUCGAGAUGCCCGACAUUGCGCUCGAGUGCGAGUGGGCGAUCGACGCGCUGCCGUGGGCCGCACGGCCGACGACGGCGGACGUCCCGACCGAGCUCGACGAGAAGCUCGUGGCGCUUCUUACGCCGCUCGUCGCACAGUUCCCCGAGGGCGACCGCCGCCAGGCGGCGAGCGUCGCCUGCCUCUAUCUCUAUCUCUACCUCGGCUCGCCCGAGAGCCAUGGCCAAAAUUUCCAGAUCCGCUCGUCGCUGCCGAUCAGCGCGGGUCUCGGCAGCAGUGCCGCCGUGUCGGCGUGCCUUGCCUCGUCGAUGCUCUACACGCACGGCCACCGUACCCUCCCGACGCGCGCCGAUGCGCCGUUGCCCGAGGCCGACACGUCCGAGAUCAAUCGCUGGGCGUUCCUCGCAGAGAAGGUGAUCCACGGCCAGCCGAGCGGCGUGGACAACACCGUGGCGACGCACGGCGGCGCGAUCGCCUUCUCGCGUGCGCUUCCGACCAAUGCACUGAAGGAGAACAAAAUGACGCAGAUCAGCGGCUUCGACGCGUUGCGCCUGCUCAUCACCGAUACGGGCGUCCCGCGGAAUACCAAGGCACUCGUCGCGAGUGUCAGUGCGCAGAAGGAGGAGGAGCCGGAGCGCAUGCAGGCUGCGUUUGACACGAUUCAGAUGCUCGCCGACGAGGCGCAGUUCCUGCUCGAGCCCCCGCCCGGCGAGAUGGCCGUAAGCCGCGCGUCGCUGUUGGAGCGCCUCGGCCGCCUCAUGGACCUGAAUCAUCUUCAGCUCGUUCAGAUGCGCGUCGGCCACCCCGCGCUGGAGACGGUACGCAAGACGUGCGCCGCGCAGCCCCACCGUCUGCGCGCGAAGCUCACCGGCGGCGGCGGCGGCGGAUGUGCCAUUACGCUCCUGCGCGACGACAUGAGCGAAGCGCAGACUGAUUCCCUGGUCCAGUCGCUCGCGACUUACGGCUUCUCCUCGUACGAGACCAAGGUCGGCGGCCCCGGCCUCGGCCUGCUCGUGCAACCCUCGCCGGAGAGCGGUGCACAAGCCACCCACUUCCUCCACACACCCACCGACCAGCUCGCCGCGUGGGCGGAGGCGUCGGGCACGUGGGCCUAUACGUAG